UGUGAAUUAUAGAUUUAAGUAUAUAACAUAAUAUAAUUUUAUGUACUAAUUAUAGUUUAUAGUUAGUUCCAAGUUUUAUAAUUUGUGUUUAAAUUUUAAAGUAAAUAUUAUCAAACUUAUAUUAUUAUUUUUUUAGGUUGUAAUUUGUAAGAAAAGAUAAACUUAUAUUUAAAUGUAUCUAAGAUAAACACUAUUUAUUUAUUUAGAUGAAAACACUGAAACAAAAUGAAUAAGUUUUUAGCAGUAACACGACACAAACUAGAUAAUGAAUCAGUUGAAACAAACACAUCUGAAAAUCAAAGUCAAGUUGAAAGAAAAAUUGAAAAAUUAUUUGAAUCAUUUUGUUCCAAAGCAAAAUGUGAUCCAGAAGCUCCCGUUUUGUACAAACAAAAUCACAUAAAUUAUAUAAAAAAUCAUAUGUUUACACUACCAGAAAACUAUGAAUGUCUGGAUUCCAGCCGACCAUGGCUAUGCUAUUGGUUAUGUCAAUCACUCGCACUCUUAAAUUGCAAAUUGUCAAUUUCAGAGAAAUCUGAUGUUGUCUCAUUCUUAUCAAAGUGUCAACACGAGUCUGGAGGGUUUUGUGGUGGACCAAAUCAAAUGCCACACUUAGCUCCUACAUAUGCUGCUGUCUGUGCUUUGUGUUUAAUUGGUACAGAAGAAGCAUAUGCAGUGAUCAAUCGAGAGAAAUUAUAUACGUUUUUGAUAUCUCUUCGUUUGCCUAAUGGUUCAUUCAGAAUGCAUAAAUAUGGUGAAUGUGAUGUUCGUGCUGUGUAUUGUUCAGCAACUGUAGCACGCUUAACCAACAUAUAUACAGAUAGUUUGUUUGAAUCAAGUGCUCAAUGGGUGAUCAGAUGUCAGACAUAUGAAGGAGGCUUUGGUGGGGUGCCUGGAGUGGAAGCUCAUGGUGGAUAUACAUUUUGUGGAUUUUCAGCUUUAUUGUUACUUAAAUCUAUUCAUAUGUGUGACACAAAAUCACUUCUUCGGUGGGUAGCUAAUAAACAGAUGUCAUAUGAAGGUGGUUUCCAAGGGCGAACAAAUAAGCUUGUGGAUGGUUGCUAUUCUUUUUGGCAAGCUGCUAUUUUUCCAGUAAUAUCAGAACUUUUAGAAUCUGAAAAUCAACGGCCAAUGUGGUCAAUGUAUGAUUAUCAAGCUCUCCAAGAAUAUGUACUUAUAUGUUGCCAAAAUAGAUAUAGUGGUGGCCUUAUUGAUAAGCCUGGAAAACCACCUGAUGUAUACCAUACUUGCUAUGUUCUUAGUGGCCUAUCUAUUGCUCAACAUGCAGUUGAAAACAGUAGUUGUGUUAUCGGUAAACCGGAAAACAUUUUGAACAAAAAUAAUCCUAUUUAUAACAUUGAAGAAUCUUGUCUACAAAAAGCUUUAAAAUAUUUUAGUAUGACAGAACCAAUAAGAUACUUUUAACUUUGAUUAUAAUAUAUUGUAGACAAUUGAUUCAAAUUAAAUCUUGAGAAACCUGUUUUGUGAAGUUCAAAUUAAGACUAGUUGUUACAUAUUAAUGUUUAUACAUUACAAGCUCCGAGCAAAUAUACAUUAGUUAUUUAAUUCAAUUUAAAAGUACUAAAUUUUUGUUGACUUGAGUGUUUAGUGAUAAAAUCAAAAAAAAAUAUUGUAAUUAAAAAUAUUUCAUUGUGAAUCAAUCUGCUAAAAUUAGUGCUUCCAUGGUAACUAAUGUUUUUUGUACAUUUUUAUUUUUUUAAUGUUUUGCUUUUGUGUAAACAUUUGAAUUAAUAAAAAAGUGGAAUUAAUUUUAUUUUCAAAAUUUAAGUUAUAUUAGAAUGUUAUAUCUUUGCAUAUUAAUUAACAAUACUAAAUUUUAAUAUUUGCAUGUAUGAAAUAAAAGUAACUGAUCAAAAUAAAUAUUUUGUGUUUAUAAA